AUGAAAAAAAAGAAAUUUGCUGUUAUUGGUGGAGGUUGGUCUGGCCUAUAUGCAUUGAAAUAUUUAUUAGAAGAAAACCUUGAUACUCAAUUAUAUGAACGUGAAUCAAAUCUUGGUGGAGUAUGGUUUUAUAAAGAAACACCAGGUGGAGUUUAUCAAUCAACACAUACCACUUCAUCAAAAACAUAUCUUCAUGCUUCUGAUUUUCCUUUACCUGAUGAUACACCACAUUUUCCAAAGCAUGAUCAAAUCCUUGCAUAUUUAAAUUCUUAUAGGGAUAAAGAUCUUAGAUUAUUUUUCAAUACAUUUUUCUCAACAUCAACUAUUAUCUACGGAAAUUUAACUUGUCAGACAUGGAAAAAUUUUUCAUAUAUAAAUGUUACAAAAUAUCAAGAAUGCUUAUCAUGGGGUUCAAAUGGAGGUUUUUGGGCUGUUGAAGGACUACGUCAUACAGCACAUAAAAAUCUAUUAAAUUCUACUUCACUUAUUAUCGAAGUUGGUGGAAAUCGUGGACAUGAUACAGUUAAAUUUAUUGAAUUAUAUAAUGCAUCAAUAAUUAGUUAUGAACCAUUAGUACCAAUGUGGAAAGAUCUUACAAAACAAUUUAAAUCAAAUCCUAAAAUAGAAAUUCAUCCAUAUGGACUUGGUAAUCAUGCAAGAAGUUUAUUGAUUGAACCACAUGAUUUCGGUAAUGCUGGUACAAGUAUUUUUCGAAAACUUGGCGCAAAAAAUUCAUCAACUAUUCAAAAGAUUCAAUUACUUGAUAUUAUUCAAGUUAUAAGACAUAUAAGAAAAACUAGAACAAAAAACGGAAUAAUCGAUAUGAUUAGUAUAAAUUGUGAAGGAUGUGAAUUUGAAAUAUUACCUGCUCUUAUAUUGAAUCAAAUGAUACAAUAUUUUCGAAUUAUUCAAUUUGCUACACACACUGGACUUGUAUCAGAGUCAUCGUGUAUUUAUUGUCAAAUAGAACAAGCAUUGGAAAGAACGCAUAAAAUUCUAUAUCACUAUAGAAAGUUAUGGGAAGGAUGGGUACUUAAAACUACAACAGCCAAUUAA